CAUAAUUAAAUGAUGGUGGAGCAGUUCUUGGGAACCUGGAAACUCAUCUUGAGCGAAAACUUCGAUGACUAUAUGAAAGAACUGGGAGUAGGUUUUGCCCAAAGACAACUGGGUGUUCUAGCCAAACCCAAAAUAAUCAUCACUAUGGACAAAGAUGUCAUCACUAUCAGAACAGAAACUAUAUUUACAGUUAAUGAGAUCUCCUUCCAACUGGACCAAGAGUUUGAGGAAAGAACAAUAGAUAACAGGCUGGCUAAGAGCAUUGUAACAAAGGAUAAUGACACCCUCAUUCACACACAGAAGUGGAAUGACAACCACACUACUAUCAAAAGAAAAAUAGUAGAUGGAAAUAUGGUGUUGGAAUACAUCUUGAAUGAUGUCAUUUGUACCAGGAUCUACAAAAGAGUGUAAGACAAUUCAUUCCCAGGUUACAU